ACGCGAUCUAUCGUAUCUCGCAAUUCUCGUUUGUAAAACGAGUGUGUUUGUGAAGUAAAUCGAGAUAUUCACGUGAUUCACAUUUACAGUAGUAAAUUGAUUACCUGGUGGGUUCAACCCAUUUUUAAAAGAUAUAAAGAAAUUAUUCAUUACAAAGAAAAUGGGAGCAUCGUUAUUACCAAUUUUAUUUUUUACAUUUUUGUGGGGAAUAGUAGGAAUUGUCUUACCAAUUUUUGUUCCCAAAGGUACUAAUCGUGGAGUCAAGUCCAGUUUGAAUCAACAGUAGAAUAAUUAUAGAGACAAUAAAGAAUUUAUCAUAGGUAUAUGAAAUCGUUUUCAAAAAGUUGUAUGACUAAUGAAAUACAAUGAAAGACAAAUUCAAAUUUUUGUUAAUAUCGGAUAUUUUAAAAAUAUUGCAUCAAGUAUUAACAAACAUUCUGAUAAACUGAAUUAAUAUAUAUUUUAUAACAAUUGUAUAUUUUCAUUUAAUGUAAAAUAUUGUUUUAGUGUAAUGUCGCAUUGUAAAAGGAAUAAUGUAUAUUAUGUAUCAGUGAUAAUAGUGAUGAUAACAACAAUACAAUAAGAAUAAAACAAUUCAUGUUUAAAUAAAGUUUAAUGUUAAAUAUUACUUAUUCAUUAGAUGCAUUGUUUCAUUUUAUUUUAUUU